AUGGACGUGGAUCAGGAUCCCGCGACUGCUCAGGCUGCGCAGAGACAGGUUCGUGUGCAGCUAACGAGCAAGCAAGAAGAUAUUGCUCUGCCAGAGAAUACUGGACCGAUUCUCGUUCCUACAGGACUGCGCCGUUAUGCUUUGUCUACGUUGGUGAACAACCUUCUUCAAAACGACAAGCCGAUCCCAUUCGAAUUUUUGAUCAAUGGCACAUUCCUCCGGACCUCGAUCGAUGAAUACCUAACCGCCAAUGGGAUCUCUUCCGAAACGACCAUUGAAAUUGAAUAUGUCAGAGCUCUGAUUCCCCCGCUGCAUAUUGCCUCGUUUGAGCACGACGACUGGGUCAGCUCGACGGAUGUGCUCUCUGCGACGUCGGUACCGGCCUCGUGGGCUUCUGCGACAGUCCGUCCGGGCCAGGAGCGAAUUCUCUCUGGAAGCUAUGAUGGUUUGCUUCGCGUGUGGAAUAUGUCCUCUCAGAUCGUCGCGACGUCGACUUCGGUGACCGAGGGAGGGCACAGCGCUUCGAUCAAGGCCGCCAAGUUCGUUUCGCCGAACCAGAUCGUUUCUGCUGGCUUGGACCGGACAGUGCGAUUUUGGAAGUAUGCUGAGGAGAAGGGUGGUUUCUCGGGGAUGCUUUCGCCGCAGCUUGAGCUAUAUGGACACAAGUCUGGCAUUAACUCGCUGGCUGUGCAUGCGCCGUCGAGCCGCGUCUUGUCUGGUUCGUCGGACAACACCGUCGGAUUCUGGUCGACCAAGAAGAACGAUGCGCCUGCCGCUCCGGAAAAUCUGCUUCCAUCUGCCGCAUCGCGAAGUUCGAAGAAGAGGAAGCUGAACUCGGCCGUGAGCACGCCCCAGCGCGGUCCCCUGUCCCUGAUGUCUGGACACACGGCACCCGUGUCUGCUGCCAUUUUUGACGCAAAGGACUCGACGGUUGGAUACUCGACAUCUUGGGACCAUUCCCUGCGCACCUGGGAUCUGGUCACCUCUGCCCUCGUCGACACCCGCACCUUGUCCCACUCGCUUCUUUCUCUGGAACACCUCCCUGAAGUCCACCUUCUGGCUGCAGGUACGUCUGCUCGCCACAUCACGCUUAUCGACCCCCGUACGUCUGCAACGACACUCUCCGCCAUGACGCUGCGUGGCCACACGAACGCCGUCGUCUCGCUCGCGCGCGACCCCCACAGCACCUACGGACUCAUCAGUGGAAGCCACGACGGUACAUGCCGAAUCUGGGAUAUCCGGUCGACAAAGACGGACAAGGACGGUGUUGUCGGCGAGAGCGUGUACUCGAUCUCGCGGAAGAGUCUGGAAGAAGGUGGGAAAUCGGACAGCAAGCGCGUUGGUGGUGAGGGUGUUAAGGUGUUUAGUGUGUGCUGGGACCAGACGGUUGGAAUUGUUAGUGGUGGUGAGGAUAAGAGGAUUCAAGUUAAUCGGGGAGAGGGGGUUUUGUCGUCUGCAAAGUAA